GAAAGAAGUUAGUGCAAAACUGCUGUCGCCCUGGAUACUUUAGGAUUUAAAUAUUUCCAUCAACGGAAAAUGGGAACAGGAGAUCGCCUUCUGGACAUUCCAUGUAAAGUUUGUGGAGAUAGAAGCUCAGGAAAACAUUAUGGAAUAUACAGCUGUGAUGGAUGUUCGGGUUUCUUCAAACGCAGCAUACACAGAAAUCGGAUAUACACAUGCAAAGCAACUGGUGAUCUUAAAGGACGUUGUCCUGUUGACAAAACACAUCGGAAUCAAUGUCGUGCUUGUCGUUUAGCUAAAUGUUUUCAAUCAGCUAUGAAUAAAGAUGCUGUUCAACAUGAACGCGGUCCCCGUAAGCCAAAACUCCAUCCCCAACUCCACCACCAUCAUCAUCAUCACCAUCAUGCUAAUGGACUGGGCCACCCUAAUCCGCAUCUUCCGGUUUCUUUGGUAACAAAUGUAUCGGCUUCGUUCAAUUACACAUCACACAUCUCAGCACAUGCUAAUGCGGGGGGUUUCCACCCCCCACCACCGUCACAUCUACACGGUGCCUCCGGCAUAGGUGGACCACCACCUCCUCCACCCACAAUGCCAUUUCCCCCACAUUUGCUACCCCAAAUGCAUCAUAAUCUAAUGGAAGUGUCUAAAAUGUCCGCUAGCGACCGACUUCCUCACAGUUUUGAUCUUACCACAUCACCCCCCAGCAGUGGCGGUGGAAGUCAGGGUGAUUUCUAUAAGCCCCAUCAUAAUAAUAAUCUUUCCCCAUCACCUUCAAGUUCGAUUCAAAGUAUAUCCAGUGUAGGAGGACCAGAAUCUGAAGGCUCGGAGAGUCCCAAAUUGAAUGUAGAAUCAUCACCGUCUUCUACGCCAACUUUACCCUGUGCUCCAAAGGAUAUUUUGCCGGCUAGCAACAACAAUAAUAAUAAUGCUUCUCCAAAUAACAAUCAUUCUAACGGACUGCCAAGUCGACAAAAUGGCUUCCUGGAGCUUCUGCUAAGUCCGGAUAAAUGUCAAGAAAUCAUCCAGUACCAGAUGCACAAUUCGAUUCUCUUCCCGCCACUUCCUCAAACACUGAUUGGAAUGGAUUCGAGAUUGUUGUCGUGGGAAAUGCUCCAAGAGACCACAGCUCGAUUGUUGUUUAUGGCUGUUCGAUGGGUCAAGUGUCUAAUGCCGUUUCAGACUUUGUCGAAAAAUGACCAGCAUUUGCUGCUUCAGGAAUCUUGGAAGGAGUUGUUCUUAUUGAACCUUGCCCAAUGGAGUAUCCCUUUGGACCUAGCUCCAAUUCUUGACUCUCCAAUGAUCAAAGAACGAGUUCUUCAAGACGAAGCCACUACCACAGAGAUGAAGACAAUUCAGGAGAUUUUAACCCGUUUCCGUCAGAUUUCCCCGGAUGGUAGUGAAGUUGGCUGCAUGAAGGCCAUUUCCCUAUUUGCCCCAGAAACUCCGGGUUUGUGUGACGUUCAGCCAGUGGAAAUGCUGCAAGACCAAGCCCAGUGUAUACUCUCGGAUCAUGUUCGAAUUCGUUAUCCUCGUCAAGCUACUCGUUUCGGAAGACUGCUGUUACUGCUUCCAUCGCUCAGGACAAUACGUGCAUCGACCAUUGAAGCCUUAUUUUUUAAGGAAACUAUUGGAAAUGUUCCAAUAGCAAGACUUUUGCGUGACAUGUAUUCAAUGGAACAAUAUGCAAUGGAAAAGGUUUGAGUUUGAAUUGGAAACGACGAGGAGAGAAGGACUCCUUUUGCCAUCAAUGUUGUUCUUUAAUUCCAACAUAAAAACUGUUUUUUCUUUUUUUUUUUUUUUGUGUGUUUGGUUAGCGUUUUUGUUCAAUUUCAAUCGCUAUGUUAUGUUUUCUUUUGAUUAUCUAACCGGGGUAAAAAAAAAUGAUUUUCCAACAUUCUGUGGUGCUGGCUGUUUGAAUGGCUGCAGGAGGGGGGUGAAUUUUUUACCAGUAUUGUACUUCCUUUCGCGGUUCACCUGUGUGUUUUUUUCUGUCAAUUUUUUUUUUUUUUUUUUUUUAUUUCAAUCUUACUAUGACCGCAUAUGAGAGAGAUGUGAUGAUGGGAAGAUGGAAAAAUAACUUUGCUUUGGGGGUUUGUCGCGUGAAUCAAAUUGGAUUUGACUUUUUUUUUCUAACUUCUAAUAUUUUUUUUUUGUUGUCUUUGUUUGUU